GCUGUUAGACUAGAACUUCCGGUGCAGUGCAGGGGCGAAUCAAUUCACAUUUUAGGAAGCAUUUGUUGAAAUACAGCAAUAUUCACUGUUUAUUGACAGUACAAGUUGAUGCUUACUGUGUCGCUGUAACACCGACACAACAUGGAUGUCCCCAAUCCGCCUGAAGAUCAAGAGCUGAGGAAUGUGAUCGACAAGUUGGCUCAGUUUGUGGCUCGAAAUGGACCUGAGUUCGAGAAGAUGACGAUGGAGAAACAGAAGGACAACCCUAAGUUCUCCUUUCUCUUUGGGGGAGAAUACUUCAGCUACUACAAGUGCAGGCUGACACUGGAGCAACAGCCACAUUUGUUCCUCCCCGGUGCCAAAGAUGUUGUCGACAUCCCUCCUCCUCCAAUCCAGACGAUGGGUCAGCUUCCAGUCGCUCCACCAGGUGCUGCUCCUCUUGACGAGCUCAUCCAGCAGAGUCAGUGGAAUCUGCAGCAACAGGAGCAGCACCUGCACACACUCAGACAGGAACAGAUAACCGCUGCCAUAGCCCUGGCCAUGGAGCAGCAGACCCAGAAGCUGCUGCUGGAUACUCAGUUGGACAUCACAGAGUUUGACAACCUGCUGCAGCCGAUCAUUGACACCUGCACAAAAGACGCCAUCUCUGCUGGGAAGAACUGGAUGUUCACCAACGCCAAGUCUCCACAGCACUGUGAACUGAUGGCGUCACAUCUUCGCAACCGCAUCACCACCGAUAGUGCACAUUUUGAACUGCGCCUACACCUCAUCUACUUAACGAAUGACGUCCUCCAUCACUGCCAGAGGAAGCAGCAGAAGGAUUUGUUGAUGGCGCUGCAGAAAGUCGUCGUUCCCAUCUACUGUACCAGCUUCCUGGCCGUAGAAGAGGAGAAGCAGCAGAAGAUCACGCGGUUGUUGCAGCUCUGGGAGAAGAAUGGCUACUUUGAUGAGGAGACCAUUCAGCAGCUCCAGAACCCAGCUCUGGGUAUUGGCCAGUACCAGGCCUCCCUGAUAACAGAGUAUGCUGCGGUGGUGCAGCCCAUCCAGAUGGCCUUCCAGCAGCAGAUCCAGGCUUUGAAGACUCAGCACGACGAGUUUGUCAGUAGUGUGAAGCAGCAGUCUCAGCCUGCUCCUGUGGGGCAGGCGGCGCCCCCCGCUGACUCUGAAAAAGCCCCGCCCAUGACCACACCAGCUGGAGAAGUGAAGCCUCCCAUGACCGGCCCGCCUUCAGGGGACUUUGAUGGGUCUGCAGCCAGACCGCAGGACUCCAAAAACUCCAGCGGACCCUCUGAUAUCCCCCCUAACAAGUCUGCGUGGUUUGAUCCCCAGCAUGUCGGACCCUGGAACCCCAACCAGCCGCCUCCUUUUGACCCCAACCAGCCCCCGCCUCCUUGCCCUCCCUGGAACAGCCAUGAGGGUAUGUGGAAUGAACAGAGGGAGCCAGGAAACUGGAGCGGAGGUCCUCCAAGAGAAGGGGGCUCCUGGAGUGGGCCAGGAGGGUCUGACCCGGGUCCUCCAAAUUGGAAUUCCUUUGAUCAGCAGCCGCCGUGGGGUAACCAGCCCGAUCAGGCUCCUUGGAGUCACAGGGAACCCCCGUUUCCUCCUCGCAUGCAGAGACCGCCCCAUUUCAGAGGACCUUUCCCUCCCCACCAGCAGCCGCCUCCUUUCAACCAGCCUCCCCCGCCCCCACACAAUUUCGGACGCUUCCCUCCGCGCUUCAUGCAGGAAGACUUUCCUCCCAGACACCACUAUGACAGACCCCCGUACACCCCACAUCGCUUUGACUUUCCUCAAGGAGAGUUUCCUGGAGACAUGCCAGGUCCUCCUCCACCCCACCACCACCCCGGUCAGAGGCUCCCCCCACCUGGAAUGGGAGCCGAUCACGUGCCCUGGACUGGAGGCCAGCGCCCGGACUUUGGACCGCCUCCACCUGGCUUCAAUGGCCAUUCACCUCACGUACGUCAGCGGCAGCAGCAGCAGCAGCAGCAACAGCAGCAGCAGCAACAGGUUCAGGAUGACCCGAGUCUGGUUCCCAACGUGCCCUACUUUGAUCUGCCAGCUGGUCUCAUGGCUCCACUGGUCAAACUUGAAGACAGUGAUUAUAAACCUCUGGACCCUAAGGACAUCAGGCUGCCCCCUCCUAUGCCCCCCAGUGAUCGGCUCCUGGCUGCCGUGGAGGCUUUCUACAGCCCUCCCUCUCACGAUCGGCCCAGAAACAGUGAAGGGUGGGAGCAGAACGGCCUGUACGAGUUCUUCAGGGCCAAGAUGAGAGCCAGAAGGAAAAAAGAGCAAGAGAGACGGAACAGCGGCCGUGGAGGCAGCCGCUCCAGGAGUCGCUCUCGCAGCCGAGGCAGGUCUUCGUCUCGCUCCAGUUCUCACUCCACAAAGUCUUCCAGGUCCAGGUCCGGAUCGUCCCGCUCCCGAAGCCGCUCCCGCUCCGACUCAAGAUCCAGGUCACAAAGUCGAUCCAGGUCUUCUAAAAGUCGUUCUGGCUCCAGAUCCAGAUCUCGCUCCCGUUCGCCCGCUAAGCAACGUCGUGGAGCUAAAUCUCGAAGUCCCUCCCCUUCGUCCACAGCAGCCAUGGUGCCUCCGCCCUCCAAGCUACAUGCAGAGAGCCGCUUAGGAGAGGAGAACAAAGGCCAUCAGCUCCUCAUGAAAAUGGGUUGGAGUGGCAGCGGGGGGCUGGGAGCCAAAGAACAAGGCAUCCAGGACCCUAUCAAAGGAGGAGAUAUUCGGGAUAAGUGGGACCAGUACAAAGGCGUUGGGGUCUCACUAGAUGAUCCGUAUGAGAAUUACCGCAGGAAUAAGAGCUACAACUUUGUUGCCCGCAUGAAAGCAAGAGAAGAAGUGAAUCGAGAACCCCAGGAAGCUCCUCCCACUGACUGAGGUCUUCUGAGGACAUCUUCAGCUCGUCUUCUCAGUUUCACCUGAAGUUUUCCAUCCAGGUUUCCAGUCAGCACUCCCAGAUUCUUCCCGUUUUCCUCUGUCCCAUCCUGUGUUCAAACCAGCAUCUCACUGAGCUGGACUGGCUGGUGAACAGCUUUUAAAAGAGAAUCUACAGAAUUUCUUCAAACGUUGGCAGUUUUCUCAGUAUCCUUACUUCACAGCCUCCUGCUGCUUUAACUAUGAACAUGUUCAGAUUUUGUCAGUCGUCACAGUCAUCUUUAACAUCUCAGUUCAGUUGUAGGUCUCAACAACCAUCAUAAGAGACAAGCUGGUCAUUAAUAAAUCACUGGUUCACACCUGCCUAUCUUUGUCUCUAAAGUGUACUCCAGUAGGUCACAUCGUAAAGUUGGAACAAAGUAGGCUGAGAUAAUGUGCAGCAUUAACAAGAGUACAGUUUUACAAGCACACAAAAUAAAUGAUUUUCACAGUGUUCAGACUGCAGUUCAGUGAUUGUGAGUCCAGUGAGACUGCAGCAGAAUAAUCAGCUCUUUGUGUCCAGCAGCUCAGUGAGACACUAACAUCAGUAACAGGAUGGAAUAAACUCACUCCUGGUUUCAUAAUCCAUUUAUUUGCUCAAAUUUGUAAAAACAACUUUAAAUUUUGUUCCUGAGAAAAUGAGACAAGAAUGAGAAGAAUGUUUUCACUGUAAGUACAUUUACAAUUAGAUAAUUGUUAUCCUUUAAGUUUUCUUUUUAAUUCAUCAGAAUCAGAAAAAAUGUCAUCUGUCACUCGAGGUUUUUCCAAAGUAACUCUGAGAAUUAAACUUCCAACAAACAGUCUUUAUUUUUCUCACUGCACACUGAAGCUGACUGAAGGUUUAUUCUGGCUCUUUUUUUAAAUGUGUUGGUUUUUAUUUGUGCGUUAAAUAAGUUUCAGUCAUGUGACUUCUGUUUUUAUUUGUUCUGUCACCUGGUUCGUAGUAGGAUACAGGAUGUGUACAUUUUUCUCCUCCUGCACAUUGUAGAGAAUUAAACAUUUCUGACUCUG